CCGGGGAGAUGUGGGGUGGUGGGUUUUGGCCUGGGCCGGUGUUGGAGAGCAGCGUGGGGACACGAGGGUGCUCCCUGCAAGACACGCGUGAGCCGACUCGGCCGUGGAGCGCAGGAGGAGCUCGAGGCCGCAGACCACUGACUCGUGUCUCUGCUUCCUUGCCUUGGACUUCCCUUCAUGUCUUGCCCCACAUUUCUUUCUCAUCACCUCAGAGAUGUGCUUCUUAAGGCAUACAGAUGACUCCUGUCAUUAGCACACUGUGUCAGAUGGGCAUGCUUACAUGUUUUCACGAUGCCUGGAUGUACGGAAUUACAAUAAAUGUCACAGUAGAGUGCCUUCGAUGGCACCAAAGAGCCCAUUUUACUUUGUAGCCUUUGCUAAGGGAAACACAGGUUCUUUUAUUGCACUCUUAAUUACUAAUAUUAACUCUCAGAUCACACAUACCUCACUCAAACACAUCUGAAUGAAUGAAGCCAGAUUUUCUUCAUGGACUUCAACCAGCUGAUACAAAAUACACAACCCUCACUUCAAAGAGAAUAACAGAUCAUUCUGAUGCCAAAUCAAAGUGGUCAUCGCAGAGAACACAAAUUUGGAAUACCAACAUGACUCUCAGGUGCACAACAUCCAAUCAUUCGGGAAUGAGACACCCUCCAAGCUUUAAUUUUCAUCCCAGGAGUUCACUCCCCAGGAAGAUCAAGGUGUCAGCAGCGCAUGCAUGAGUGGGGUACACGGACCACAAUGAUUGCUCUACUCAGAGUCUAGAGGUGGUCUGUCAGCAACUGUAGCAUCCAGCCUGCCAGUAGAUUCCAACAUUCAUGGUGACGCCUUGUGGCUGCUCACUGGAGCCACAGAAAUAGGAACCUCUUGUGAAGCUCACUGUCCAGGAGUCAUUGAUACUGGACCUCCCCCAACCCCUCGUGGAUGACUGAACCUUGGUUCUUGUGCAUGCUAGGCAAGUGCUCUACCAAGAAACAUUCUGAAGGAGGUGGGCAAUAUUACCACUAUCAGGAAGCACCAGAUGCCUCACCUUACCUGGGACCAAUGAUGAGGCUGGCCAGCUGAGGGGCUGGGCUGACUUUGCCACCACACAGGAGUACCAGUUCACACAGUUUGGCUCUGGGAGGGCUGCUGGCUGGUGAGAUGAACAUCUUCGGCUGAUUGGCAAAGAGGGUUCCUUGGUAUUGCUGGGUAGAUAAAUGGCGCUCAAGUCGGCAGAUCUGUGGACAAAUGGAAGGAAGUCAGUGGGGGCAGGACUCACUUCUGUGGAGAUCAGGACAACAGUGAAGCUCCCUUCUCUUUUCCAAAUACAGACUCAAGGUAAGGUUGCCGCAUUACUCAAUUUCUGUCCGUAUGACAAUGUAUGCGAGCCAAGUACCACUAGAGCUUUCUCUUGGCUCGUGGUUUCAGAGCGGUCAGCCGUGGUUGCCGGGAAACAAGACUAUAGGACAAGGGCUAGGGUGAGAGGCACACCCCAGUGACCAGUUCCCUCCAGCCGCUCCCUACCUCCUAACGGCCCAUUCGGUCAUGAACUCAUGCAUAGAUUCAUUCUAUGAUUAACACCGUCCCCAUCUAACCACUUCAUACAUAAGUAUGGUCAGCUGGAGACCGAGGCUUCAACACACCAGCCUUUGGGGAUCCCACUUUAUAUCCAAACCACAAGAGCAAUCCAUUCUUUGGCAAAUUUUAUAUUCCCAAGACUCAAGAAGAAGGCAGUGAUGUGAGAGAUAUUUUUCAAAGUGGAGAUAGAUAAAAGUCUUAGAAUACAAUGUGCUUUUGAAUUAUCACAAUUUUAGAAACAAAGUGUUAAAGGUUAACCAACCCACAAACAGACGGAGUACGUCUAUGAGCACUGUUUCAGGAGCUUGGAGGACUGUGUUGCUGAGGGGGAACAUCUACCGCUGGCAUUUCCCUUGCCACCCAUCAUUCAUCUCAGGGGGCUCCAGGGCUCUUCCUCGAGUGACUAGCAGGUUCUAGGACUGCUUCAGGUCACACAUCAGGGCAUUUAAAGCCCAGUGGAAGAUGGGACUGAGCCAAGACAAUCCAAGUGACCUCAUUUCUUCUGCCGAUGUUAUUCCUAGCCUAUAAGAGUAGGGCCCAGAGAUGACUGAACACUGACCUGAACUGUUUCUGAGGAGACUGCGCAGUGGACAGAGCAUUUGUGCGAUUAUGAGGAUCAGAACUUAGCUCCCCAUCACUCAGCCUACAGUAACUUUAGGAAGAGCGUGGACAGCACAGGCAGAAGGCAGUACCAGGUCCAGAACGGACCCUGCAGCUACACGUUCCUGCUGCCGGAGACCGACAGCUGCCGAUCUUCCUCCAGCACCUACAUGUCCAACGCCGUGCAGAGGGAUGCACCCCUUGACUACGACGACUCAGUGCAAAGGCUGCAGGUGCUGGAGAACAUUCUAGAGAACAACACACAGUGGCUGAUGAAGCUGGAGAAUUACAUCCAGGACAACAUGAAGAAGGAGAUGGUGGAGAUCCAACAGAAUGUGGUGCAGAACCAGACGGCCGUGAUGAUAGAGAUUGGAACCAGCUUGCUGAACCAGACAGCGGCACAAACUCGGAAACUCACUGACGUGGAAGCCCAAGUACUAAACCAGACGACAAGACUCGAGUUGCAGCUUCUCCAACAUUCUAUUUCUACCAACAAAUUGGAAAAGCAGAUUUUGGACCAGACCAGUGAAAUAAACAAACUACAAAAUAAGAACAGCUUCCUAGAAAAGAAAGUUCUGGACAUGGAGGACAAGCACAGCGUGCAGUUGCAGUCCAUGAAGGAGCAGAAGGACCAGCUUCAGGUGCUGGUGUCCAAGCAGAGCUCUGUCAUCGACGAGCUGGAGAAGAAGCUGGUGACAGCCACGGUCAACAACUCGGUCCUUCAGAAGCAGCAGCACGAUCUAAUGGAGACGGUCAACAGCUUGCUGACCAUGAUGUCAUCGCCCAGCUCUAAGAGCUCUGUUGCUGUCCGUAAAGAAGAGCAAACCACCUUCAGAGACUGUGCGGAGAUCUUCAAGUCAGGACUCACCACCAGUGGCAUCUACACGCUGACCUUCCCCAACUCCACAGAGGAGAUCAAGGCCUACUGUGAUAUGGAUGUGGGUGGAGGAGGGUGGACAGUCAUCCAGCACCGGGAAGAUGGCAGUGUGGACUUCCAGAGGACGUGGAAAGAAUACAAAGAGGGCUUCGGGAGCCCUCUGGGAGAGUAUUGGCUGGGCAAUGAGUUUGUCUCCCAGCUGACCAGUGGGCACCGCUAUGUGCUUAAGAUCCAGCUCAAGGACUGGGAAGGCAACGAGGCGCACUCGCUGUACGAUCACUUCUACCUCUCCGGCGAAGAGUCCAACUACAGGAUUCACCUUACGGGGCUUACAGGCACCGCGGGCAAAAUAAGUAGCAUCAGCCAACCAGGAAGUGAUUUCAGCACAAAGGAUUCGGACAACGACAAGUGCAUCUGCAAGUGCUCUCAGAUGCUCUCAGGAGGCUGGUGGUUCGACGCAUGCGGUCCGUCCAACCUGAAUGGACAGUACUACCCACAAAAGCAGAAUACAAAUAAGUUCAACGGUAUCAAGUGGUACUACUGGAAGGGGUCCGGCUACUCGCUCAAGGCCACCACCAUGAUGAUCCGGCCAGCUGAUUACUGAAUGCCUGUCUACACUCCCAGAAGAACUUGCUGCAUCCAGAGAUCAACUCGAAGGCACUGAGAGACAGCGAAGCACAGCAGCCCCUGUCCACAUCAGGAGGUGCUCCUGGGGGGCGGGGAGGACCUGCGUGUACCAGACUGAAGCACAUCACUUAAGCCUGCACCGCUAACCAACCUAAGGAAACACCUGUGGGAAGGUUGUGCCUGACAAUCAGAGGGACAGCGUGCAGACUCAAGGAAGUCGCCAGGAAGAAUGUUACAUGGGAGUUCAUCAGUAAAUAACUGGAAAACAGAGCACUCAGAUGGUGGAGAUAAAUAUUGGGACCACAUCCUCUAAGCACGGUUUCUAGAGUAUAUACAUAGGCAACUCGGCUGUCUCGAUGACGCGAGCGUGUCUUUGCACCACGGCAGCCAGUAGCCAGGGACUUCUAAGUGGUGGGUACAGGCUGUCACCUGGAGAAGCAUAGCCCAUCGUUUCCCUCUUAGGUGCUUUACAUGUUCAUUUGAAAACAACACAUUUACCUAUCUCGAUGGCUUAGUUUUUCCUGGCUGGAUACUAUUUACUAUAUGGCAGAAAGGCCCACAUCUCUGGCAUGACCACCAAGCGGGCGCCACGCUGCUGAAUGUGGAGACUGUACUAUUCUGUUUUCUUCCUGGCUGUUAAAUAUGAAGGUAUUUUUAGUAAUUAAAUAUAAGUUAUUAGUUGA